AUCAACGAAUGAAACGAUCAAUUGGUGGUCUGGCAGCACGAGUUAAUUACCAAGUUUGUCUGGUGCGAGCUCCACACGGAUUUUUUUGGUAUGGUGGUGGUGGCAGCAUAGUUUCAAAUUACUAUGUUCUCACUGCAGCCCACUGUGUUGAUGAACCUCCAACAUCAUACUUAUCAAUUCGAGCAGGAUCAUUAUAUUGUUUUAGUGGUGGUAGUCUGCACACGCCAAAGCAAAUUAUAAAACACCCUGGUUACAGGGGACCCGGUACAGGUUUACUCGUGCAUGACAUUGCCUUGAUUCAAGUCAUUGAACCAUUAUCAGGUCCAAAUAUUGCAGUCAUUCCUCUUUCCGGAGGAGAAACGCCACCAAACACUUUUGGUACAGUCAGUGGUUGGGGAAAAGUCUAUGGUAGUCCUUAUUCUAAUAUGUUGCCGGAAAUUUUACAAGCUUCAACCGUACCUAUUUAUAGCAAGGAGACAUGUAGAAUGUAUAGGACAAGUAACCCUUUUGAGGAUCAAAUUUGUGCUGGAACACUGACAGCAACUGCUUGUCAUGGUGAUUCUGGCGGUCCUUUGGUUUAUAAUGGAGCUCAAGUUGGAAUCGUGUCUUAUGGCCCUGUAGCAUGUGGAAUAAUUCCAACUUUUUUCACUGAAGUUUCGCAGUACAUAUCUUGGAUACAAACCUAUGCUGUAUAACAAUGAAAGAAAAGUAACAAGAAGAUUUUAUGAGUGAAACUGCAAAAAUAUUAUGAGCUAAUAUGU